AUGGAUAAAAAUAAUCUCGAUCAAUGGCGCGAGUUAUUCCGGAGCACGGGUUCCGGCGUGUUAGAAGUUAUCGAGAAUGCCAUUAAAGUUGCCGCCGUCGAUUGUCACGACGAAUUUAAGUUGAGAAGAGACGAAAUAGCGCGGGCGAUAUACGCCGUGAAACCGAUUAUGGAAAGCCGGACGGAGAGCAAAGAUUCGAAUACUAAUGAUAAUCAUGUCGCGAAAAAUUAUGGUUGUGGAGAUUCGGACAAGACCGCCACUGGCGACUCUUAUCGGAUCCAAGUUAUAGAGAUUAAAAAAAUUGUCGAUGCUAGUGACGAUCAGACGAAUACGUUGUUGCUCGAUUCAUUGAAGAGGCUUCAAUCGAUUCCUAUGACGAUAGAGAUUCUCAAGGCUACCGAUAUCGGAAGAUCUGUCAACGCACUCCGAAAACGAGCAUCGAAAGAAGUUCGAGACCUUGCGAAAGUAAUUGUUAGGGAUUGGAGAAACGUUGUCGCACAAUGGGUUUAUUCUAAGGACGAAGUCGUAGAUUCCAACACAAACCAAGCGAAUAGCACCAAGUCAAGUAUAGAGAAAAAUGACGGAAAGUUUGAGAAGCCUGUCAAUCAUGAUACUCUUCCAAAAGGUGAACAGAAAAAAGACACACCGCCCAACAGCGAUGCCGGGCAAAUCAAGCCAACGCCUCCUAUUACUAGUGAUUCCGGUCCCAAGAGACCAAAACUAGUUAUCAAAUACAAAGGGCAAGUGCAAGGUAAUCGAAAGCUCGAGAAAACACUUGGAAACGACACUGUUCAAAACAAGCCAAUGCCUCCUCGACAAAAUAAGAUCAUCAAAGUGAAGAACGUUGAGAUGAAUAUUAAGGAUGCCGAGAAGAAAUUGCAAGAGCGCAAAGACAAGAAAGUUGAGAUGAAUAUUAAGGAUGCCGAGAAGAAAUUGCAAGAGCGCUAUCGCGCGAUUGAGAAUGGCUUAAAAGAAGCGAAGAAAAAUCCAAGUCGUGGAAGUGCACGAUCUACCUAACAAGAGUUCCCCGCCAAAGAAUCAACGAAGGAAGCCUCGCAACCAUAUUCAAAUUUGCUCUGAUAGAAGGCCGUAGACUUUGUUAUUGGUGAUCGAUUUGUGGAGCGGAUCAAGUAAGGAAAAACAACAAGUAUUAUAUAUGUAGCAUCGAGGGAUCGUUCGUUAUUAUCAUGCAUCCUUAACUCCGUAUAUUUAUUUAUGUUGUGUCUAAGAACUCUCGACUAUUUAAACUCUCAAAUGUUCGUUUUCGGAGAGUUGUGUAGCUGAAAAA